AUGACGGAGAUGUACUCGGGGCUCCAUGUGGGCCAACGAUUCGUCUCGCUGGAAGAGUUCAAGUCAGUUGUGCGCAGUAUAUCAGUCAGACAGCAUUGGGAACUUCGGGUGACUCGGAGCAACAAGAAAAGCGUUGUCAUAGGCUGUCGGUCGUCCGCCAAUUGCUACUUCCGCGUCGUCUGCCGUGCGAACAAAAACGAUACCUACAUUACGAGCCUUCAAGAUAGCCAUAGCUGUCGACGCCAUGCGGCAUCCCCAGGAACAACUCCGGCCCGGUCCGAAGCUUCGCAUGUGCGGUUCUUACUGAACGAGAUACCAAAGUUGUUUGACCUGAGUCACAAGAUCAAGGGACAAGAUGUUGUGGAUGCGGUCAAGCGGUAUCAUGGAUAUGACAUAUCCAUAAGGCAAGCGCACCGAGCGCUCACCAAAUUACAACCCAGGCUACCACAUCACCAGAACGAAGAACCACAGGAUCGCGGUUUAGACCGGGAUGAUCAGCCAGGCCCCGAGGUUCACGCGACGCCGUCGGCCAAUGGCUCAGUUUACAGUGCCAUCUCCGAGCAAAGAUGGAUUCCCGACAGUAUUCAUCAGCCGGGAUUCUUGGAAAAGCGACCCAUCGAGCUGACCGACGACGGAUCUCCGCAACCGGCAGAGCUUACUCGCGAUGCUGUGCAGCCACAGCUUCCAUCGCAACGUCCGCAACCUGUGCAUGGUCCGUCCCAAGUACAACUUCCACCCGGGGCACAGCCGCACCAGCAGAUUGCGCUCAAUGAUGGGCUGCGCACGACUGAUGAGCAGCAGUCAGAUUACAUACUAUCGGCACCUACAGUACUGUCUGCACCACAACCGGGACCGUCUCAAUCUCCCCAGCAGCCUCGCAGUAGUGGCCAUCCUACGCCACAGAUGAUCUUGACCAACUUCAAGAUCGAGUUCACCUGUACUGCUUGUGGAGCUUUGAAUCAAAGCUUUAUCCCAAAUCAGGGGAAUUUGACUGGUGGGCCAUAUUUGCCUUCUAAUAACGUAACCAACCAGGGUCCCGUCGGCAGAACUACAAGUUCUUCGAUGCAGGCAGGUGCCAGCGGUGUUGAACAUGUGGCCCAGACGAACGAGUAUGUAGAAGCUCCUUCAGUCAACGCACGAGCCAUACAGCCGCUAUGGCAGCCGGGGAGCCUCCCGGUUUCAAUUCCACCCACACAUACGUGA